GCCACACCACCACUUACAAGGAGCCACACCACCACUUACAAGGAGCCACACCACCCUGCACCACCACUUACAAGGAGCCGCACCACCCUGCACCACCACUUACAAGGAGCCACAGCACCCUGCACCACCUACAAGGAGUGAGGAGGAACCACCACUUACAAGGACCCACAGCACCCUGCACCACCACUUACAAGGACCCACAGCACCCUGCACCACCUACACCUAUAGGGAGACAUGCUGAGAGUGCGCUGCCUGAGAGGAGGGAGUCGCGGGGCUGAGGCCGCUCACCUGAUCGGAGCCACGCUGGGCCGUGCAGCGAGCGCCUGGCUGCAGAGAACCUUCCAGAGCACCUCCAGUGCUGCAGCAGCUCAAACACAAACACUUGACCACCACGACCACGUUACUGAACCUGCACACCACACCUGUCCUGUCAGCAGCCACAACGAGUGGGACCUCCUGGAGGAGGUCAUUGUGGGACGUGCCGACAACGCCCGUGUGCCGCCCUUCACUGUGGAAGUAAAGGCCAACACAUACGAGAAGUACUGGUCCUUCUACCAGAAGUUCGGGGGCCAACCUUUUCCUGCGGACCACUUAAAGAAAGCUGUUGCUGAGAUCGAAGAAAUGUGCAAUAUUCUGCGUCACGAGGGCGUCACUGUGAGGAGACCAGAACCCAUAGACUGGUCUCUGGAAUACAAGACUCCAGACUUCCAGUCAUCAGGCAUGUAUGCCGCCAUGCCCCGAGACAUCCUGAUGGUGGUGGGCAACGAGAUCAUCGAGGCUCCGAUGGCGUGGAGGGCUCGCUUCUUUGAGUACCGAGCAUACCGGCCUCUGAUCAAGGAGUAUUUCAACAAAGGUGCUAAGUGGACCACUGCUCCAAAACCCACCAUGGCUGAUGAGCUGUACGAUCAGGACUACCCCAUCCGCACGGUGGAGGACCGACACAAGCUGGCCGCUCAGGGCAAGUUUGUGACCACGGAGCAUGAACCCUGCUUUGAUGCUGCGGACUUCAUCCGGGCUGGGAGGGACCUCUUCGUGCAGAGAAGUCAGGUGACAAACUUCAUGGGCAUCGAGUGGAUGCGUCGCCACUUGUCUCCGGACUACAAGAUCCACAUCAUCUCCUUCAAAGACCCCAACCCCAUGCACAUCGAUGCCACCUUCAACAUCAUCGGACCAGGACUAGUCCUGUCCAACCCGGACCGCCCGUGUCGCCAGGUGGACAUGUUCAAGAAGGCGGGCUGGACUAUUGUCAAACCUCCGACUCCUCUAAUUCCUGACGAUCACCCUCUCUGGAUGUCUUCCAAGUGGCUGUCCAUGAACGUUCUGAUGCUGGACGAGAAGCGCGUCAUGGUGGAUGCCAACGAGGCCACCAUUCAGAAGAUGUUUGAGGACCUGGGUAUAAAGACCGUCAAGGUGAACAUUCGCCACGCCAACUCGUUGGGUGGCGGCUUCCACUGCUGGACGACUGACGUCCGCCGGCGUGGUGAACUGCAGUCCUACUUCCACUAGCCUGGCCAGAAACAGUUUUUAUUGAGCUUGAAAGGAUGACCUGGUGUCACUUCUUACUCGAAGUGAUCAUCAGGCUCCUUUCCCAAAACCAAGCUAAGAGUUAUUUGGCACCACAGGAUGAGUUGUUGAUGAAUUGCAUUGUUUUGGUUUUACAGCUUUGUGGGGACACGACUUGAUUGGGUACACUUUGUCCACAUGUCCUCUCACGCUUUGCCCCGCCCAUUCUCACAGCUCCAACGCAUUUUUACAAAACAAUGUCCAACUUUUAUCCUUAGAGCACAGGUGGUGUACCCAAUCAAGUGUCCCCUGGGUGUACUGGCUUAAUGGCAACAAACGAACAUGACGACUCCUUCCCUGCGAUCAAUAACCUCAACAUUAACUUCCCUUCGAUCAACAACCUCACGAUUAACUUCCCUGUCAUCAAUAACCUUAAGAUUAACUUCCCUGUGAUCAAUAACCUCAAUAUGAACUGCAUUUCUGGCCUGGCUACUAGAAGGUGGUCUAACUUGGGCACAAUCAAAGAUUGUUUUCUACUUUGACAGUCCAUAACAAAGAUUGUUUUCUAGAUUGACAGUCCAUAUCAAAGAUUGUUUUGUACAUUGACAGUCCAUAUCAAAGAUUGUUUUCUACAUUGACUGUUCAUAUCAAAUAUAGUUUUCUAUAUUGACAGUCCAUAUCAAAAAUUGUUUCUACAUUGACAGUCCAUAUCAAAGAUUGUUUUCUGCAUUGACAGUCCAUAUCAAAGUGUUUUCUACAUUGACAGUCCAUAUCAAAGAUUGUUUUCUGCAUUGACAGUCCAUAUCAAAGUGUUUUCUACAUUGACAGU